GAAACUCUCUCAUCCCAAACUGGUCCAGCUCUAUGGGGUGUGCCUGGAACAAGCCCCCAUCUGCCUGGUGUUCGAGUUCAUGGAACACGGCUGCCUGUCAGAUUACCUGCGAAGUCAGAGGGGCCUCUUUGCGGCAGAGACCCUGCUGGGCAUGUGCCUGGAUGUGUGUGAGGGCAUGGCCUACCUGGAAACGGCGUGCUUCAUCCACAGAGACCUGGCUGCCAGAAACUGUUUGGUGGGAGAAAACCAAGUCAUCAAGGUGUCCGACUUUGGAAUGACAAGGUUCGUCCUUGAUGAUCAAUAUACCAGCUCCACGGGCACCAAAUUCCCAGUGAAGUGGGCAUCACCGGAAGUGUUCUUUUUAAGUCGCUAUAGCAGCAAGUCGGAUGUGUGGUCAUUUGGUGAGUGUCCUCCUCAGCCCACCCCU